UGAUACUGUACUCUACUGUAGUGCAAUUCGGCGGUCAAGAGUUUGGAUCAUAUCCAAGCGCACUGCGCAUCCUGGACCUACUGUGGUAGAGGAGAGGCCAAGAAGAAACUACCCUUCUCUGAUCUUUCGCUCCCUUCCCUUCACUCGCUUCCCGUCGAACCCUUCCCUGGCUUCGUCUUCACCUGCUUCACGUUCACGACCCGCGGAGAUCCCCAAAAUCCCAUGUACUCUUCUCUUCAGCUCCGCCUCCUGAUUCUGGAUCCCGACUGCUCGCCCCGCCCGUCUUCCUCCCUUUCUUUCUCUCGCUGGAUGUCUGUUUGUCCAACCGUUAUACGUGCUCCUACUUCUUCUUCGUCGGGUCGUUUGCUCUCGAGGACUUCUCGCGCUUUUUUCUCUCUCAUCCUCAAGUUUCGCAUCACGUGCGUGCACGUCCGCUGUGUUCCUGCAUUUUCUACUCACGCAUGUCUACAGAUCUAGAAGGAAGCUCUGUCAGUCCUAAUUUGCAUUAUUCAGCUUUCAUAGUCCUCUGAAGGCGAACUAUCAACGCAAGCAAUUGUCCGAGAACUUUGGACUGAUCGCACUCCGCGUAGUUAGGGUCUCUGGCUUCGUGUCAGUUGGCACUGUGCAUUCUGUUGUGCGAUGACGUAAGGCGCGUAUUGUGCAUGGGUAUUGCCGGGCUUCUUCCCUCGAGGGAAGUUUUGGCAUACUUGGUCGGCCCAGUUGGUGGUUUACACGAGUCAUUUACACCCCUCGCCCUCAUGCCCCGGCUGAUCACAACAUGGAAGUCCUGUUAGUUCAUGCCCUUCUCCCGUCAGGAAUUUGUCUAUAAGGGUGGAGAGGUUUAUGUUUGUCCGAGAUAGAACUUGCAUCCUAGGUACAGUACCGUAGUAGUCUUACUCAGCAUUUGCGACCAUCUCCACACGAAUCGUACGGAGCUCUUUCUAAAAAGGAGAAGAUUAAAAUUCCAGCUUUGAUGAAGUACGAAGAGCAAGCGUUCUGUGUAUGAAAACUGAAAGGAGAAAAUUCCUUGUCUGGAGUUUCGAUUGCAACAUAGCUAUUACGGGUGAAAGAUCCGAACAACUGAAUCAAGGAAUGUGCUGGACAAAAGAGAAUUUCAAUUUGGAGUUCGCUGCACUCCUCCAAUCGUGGGGUUUCGUUUAUCAACCGCACCUCUUUCUCAUUCUUCGUGAGUAAAAGUUAUGAAGCAAACACGAAAGUGAUGAUUCAAAACAGCGGGUCUAUGAUGGGAAAGGGAACGUUCUUGGAACAUCAGAUUUGUUGUAUAUCAAAGUGCCGCAGGAACCCCGGAGCUUGAGGUUAUGCCUCCAGCCCUUGAAACUUGUGAGUUUGAGAAACGACGACAAAGAAGUGCCAAGCGCAAACUUCGUUACAUCAAGGAUGAAAGCAAUGUUGCUAACAUGAAUAGAAGUGAAACUUUAUUUAGUUCCAGCACAGCUGAAGGAGAAUCUUGGCAACAUGCACCGUCCUCUAAGUGCUUCGGUGAUCAGUGCGAGAGUCUGAGCGAUCGGCCCAUACCGCUCACGGAGCAAUUCUCACGCCUCAGUCGCUUAAGCUUGAUUGAUCAACGGCCUGUCAAGACUGACGAGUUAAAGGGAAUCUUUGGUCAGACGUCGUUGCAGAAGAAGCCAGAAGUGGACAGAAGCAAGAGGAGUACAGCUGGAGGAUUUCACCGGAGACAAUUUAGCGGGGAUUUGUAUAUCAAGCUCGAAGCUUUUGACAGUGGAGGCUCUGUUUCAAGAAAAGAACAGGGGUUUGCAAAUUUUCAGUCAAGCCGUUAUGUUGUGAAGGGACAUGGCUCUAGUGAUGACUUUGGUGAUUCUCAAAUUUCAAAUUAUUCAGAAUCUGCAGAAACCACAAUUACCACAAAGUCUCCUGCAGUGAAGUCCGCUAUUGAAGCUCAAAAGUCUGACUAUGAGUCGUCACCAAGCGGUGCGCUGUGCCUGAAGGAAGAAGUCACGUCAACUCCCGGUACCAGUGGAGUGGGAGGGGUUUCUGGGUUGAAGGAAUGGUUCAAAAACAGAACCCUGAUUUUGAAGGCAACCAGCAAAGCUGAGGUUCCCCCGAAAUCCAAGUACCUACGAAAGCUUGUGCUGUCAUCUUGGAAACACAACGGUUCUGGAGGAGCUGCGAUUUUUAAUAUUCUUGGAAAACGUCCUCUUCAAUCUUCGCCUUUUGUUGCUCUGAAGGCUCUGGCCACGAUACACAAGCUCAUGCAACAAGGACCUGCAGACUGUCGUGCAGCUUGUUACAGCCGGUUGCACAUUCUUACUGACACAUUGAGCACAUUCAAGACUCCAGGUGAUAAUGCAUCAGAGUCGCUCUCAUAUGGGCCACUGAUUUGUGCUUAUGCAUCUAUGCUUGCAGAGAAAGCAACAUUUCAUCACCGAUUUCAGGCUUAUGAAAACAAUUAUUAUCUCGACAUAGGUGCUAUUCAAGAUCAACCAUCUUGUAGUGGACAAACGGUUACCGAUCCCUUAAGACCCGAGGCCCUAGUUUGUCUUCAAGUUCUUCAAGAUCUUAUUCUACGCACUUUGGAAGAGGGUUUCACGUUGUUUAGAAACAAGUAUGCUGUUUUUGGAGCGAAAGAUGCCGGCACCAGAAAUGGAACUGCAAGUGCACCAUUGGGACCUGGCCUUUCUACAACGUGUGGAGGAGAUACUGAUCCCAUAGGGCUUGUGGUAUCAGUCCUCAUUCCAGUAUUGAGAGAAGCGGAUCUAGUUUAUGAUAUUUGCUGCUUUCUUCUGAAAUCGCAGUUUAAUAUAUGGAGAGGACGCAAUUACGGUCCACAUAUGACGACAGCUCUGAAUGAAAUGGCACCAAAAUUUGGCUAUCAGCACAAAGUACUGAGGACAUUCUUCGAGCAAGCCAAAACAAUUGAUGCCAUUACUUGCAAUGUGACACCUCCAAAUCUACCUCAAAAUCCACCUUAUCCUUCUGAGGAGGCCAAGAAGGACCAUUCCAGAUUAUUGCCAAAGACAGAUCAUGUGAUGUACCCGGACCAUGCAAGUACUCAUCAAAAUCAUAUCGCGGAACUGGAUUCUUUAUCAAAGCUGGAGGGUGCAAGGCCAAAAUCGGUUCCUGUAGAGGGAUCUAAAUAUCUCGAAGUUGAAGGAGAUUUUGUUGUUCGAGAAAUGGACCUUUCUUAUAUGGAUGUUCCCAUGCAAGGUCCUGCAGGAGGCAAAGUCCUCCCGAGAGAAGACGUCAGCGGGCCAGUGCUUGGCGGUGUUGGCGCUGCUGCAGCAGCUGCCAUUCAAAGAUUUGCUGCAGGCCAGGCCGAGGCUAGAAGAGCGGCUGCUGCCACAACAGAAUCUGGGGUCACAGCGUCUACAGGACUAAAAAAAAUUCGAUUAGAACCCCCUCCUGGAAACUUCGGGACCAGUUUCCAUUUGGAGUUGGGAACAAUCGUUCGCCCAGGGAGACCUCAGCACACACGGGGAACUGGCCGCACAUGGAGUAGCUUCGACGAUGAAGUGUUUCUCCACCAACAAUUAGUUGAGAAUCAGUGGAGUCCUUUUCCAAGACUUGUCAGCCCGAAAUUCUUUUCCCCGAGGGCUCCGGGGCAGUCUAAACAUAAUGUCGAGAGCCUUUCGAGCCCUGUCAAUUUGGAUUCAACGAGUCCUCUGCUGUUUGGACUCGUGGGUUGCCCAUCUCCCGUAAACAGACCAGUAGAUCCGUUUAUUGGGUCUCCUCCUUCCGCUAUCCUGGCCAUGGAAGUAAGACCUUCUCCCCAACUAACGAUAGGACCACCCUCUGAAAUGCAGCACUCCCAAACCCAAUCACCUGAACUACAAGCUCAACCUAAAUAUUCUCGCGUAGAAACGCCACCCUUAAUUGAAUUGGAAACGGUUGUUGAGGAACAGUGUACAUGUAGAGAAGCACAAGUAUCAGAACAAGCAUCAAGUUCUGUACAACAAGGCCCUCCAAUGAAAGUGCCAGCAUCCUGGCAGCUGGAGACAUCCAUAUCCGAUGCUGCAGCCUGGGGUGGGCACAAGGUGGAAAAAGGUGUAGGCGAACACAGUCGUAAAACAAGUUUGUCAGACAUACCAUUUGCAGCUGAUUGGGAGAUUCCAAUUUGUGAGCUUAAACUGGGACCCAAAAUAGGCCAGGGUGCGUUUGGUGAUGUCUUGAGAGGCACAUGGCAAGGAACAGACGUUGCUGUGAAACGGCUGCAAAAUAACGAUAGCUACACACAAGCAAUUGUGGAUAUUCGUCAUGAGGUGGCAGUGAUCAUACGACUGAGGCACCCAAAUAUCAUUCUAUUCAUGGGCGCUUGCACUAUUCCACCAGAUGUAUGCAUUGUCAUGGAAUUCGCUGCAAAUGGGAGUUUGUAUGGAGUACUUCACAACCCCAACAUUGGCAUUGAUAUGGCCACAGUCGUGCGUUGGGCUUCUGAAGCUGCUCGUGGAAUGAAUUAUCUCCACACACGCAACCCACCCGUUGUUCACAGAGACCUGAAGUCGGUGAACUUGCUAGUAGAUGGGGAUUGGCAUAUCAAAGUUUCGGACUUUGGCUUGGCGAUGACUAAACAAAGCUCUUAUGCAUACACCCAGGUGGGUACAUGGGGAUGGAUGGCUCCUGAAGUUCUAGAAUCGGCUCCAUACGACGAAAAAGCCGAUGUGUACAGCUUUGGUGUUGUCUUGUGGGAACUAAUUACACGUGAAGAGCCCUUCAGGGGUUAUCACCCUAUGCAGAUCAUGAGGGCGAUUGAUCGAGGAGAGAGGCCUGCAAUACCGGAGAGCUGUCCUCACACUUAUAAGCAACUGGUUGAGGACUGCUGGCUGAAAGAUCCAAGUGGCCGUCCAAUGUUCGAGGAAAUUCUUGCUCGGCUUGGGGCUAUGUCAAUUAAUCUUUUUGAAAUCCAAAGAUGAUGUUUUCUUGCGCUCCUGUAUGUAAAAGUAUUCCAUCUUUUACGUCUCCCUCA